CGGUAACACCCUCUCUAUUUAUACACUCCUCUUUCUCUCCUUAUCUUCGCAUUCAUCUCUCUCUCUCUCUCCAACUUCCUUUUUUCUUCUGAGAAAGUUAGACAUGGAUACUGUUAAAGCUUUUGCUUGGCUCCUCUUCAUGCUCCAAAUCAUGUCCUGCUCUUUAGCAUAUGAAUUCCAGGUGGGUGGGAAAGAUGGUUGGAUUUUGAACCCUCAUGAGAGUUACUCUCAAUGGUCUGGCAGGAACCGGUUCCAAGUCCAUGACAAGCUUGUGUUUAAGUACAAGAAGGAAGAGGACUCUGUUUUGGUGGUGAGCAAAGAGGACUAUGACAAGUGCAAUGUGAGCAACCCCAUCAAGAAGUUUGAUGAUGGGAACUCAGUGUUUGAGUUUGAUAAAACUGGUCCUUUCUUCUUCAUCAGUGGAGCUUCAGGGAAGUGCAAUCAGGGUCAAAAGCUCAGUGUGAUUGUGCUGUCUUUGAAGACUAAGAAACCCAGCACAUCCCCUGCUCCUUCUCCAACCUCCUCUGUUCCAUCUCCACCACCAUCAUCAUCAUCGUCACCACCACCACCACCAUCAUCAUCAUCAUCACCACCAUCACAAUCACCAUCAUCUGCAGCUUCAUCUCCAUCAUCAUCACCAUCAUCUGCAGCUUCAUCUCCAUCAUCAUCAUCAUCACCUGAAGCAUCUCCUACUCCAUCCAUAUCUAUUUCUCCAUCUGCAACAACGGGCUCCCCUGUUUCAUCUCAAUCACCAUCACCAUCUUCUGGAGCUUCAUCUGGGGUGCCUUCUUCAUUGUCUCCAGGUCAAUCUAGUGGAGCAACAAAUGCAGCCAGCUCUCCUGGAAGUUCACCUGCAGGUCCUCAGUCUCCCGCUCCAGCUUUGGCUGCCACUUGGAUGUCCUUUGGAUGGGUCACCUUGGUCUUUUGUGGCCUCUUCUUAGGCUAAUUCAGUAUCUUAUCAAUGCAUGUUGUUCAUACCCGUUUGUUGGUGAUGUAGUAAUUCAUUUGAUUCUCA